UCAAAUCAUAGCCCAAGGGCCGGGAGGAUGUUUGCGUAAUUGUGGUCGAACCAGCUCCUCAAGCCUCGCUCCCUCUUCUCUCGACGUGGCGAGGUGGAGUUUCGUUGGCCAGCGGCGAGGGUGCGAGCCUUUGAAGCUUUUGGAGAUCUGGGCAAUGGCGGAGAGGAGACCGACGACGACAUCUGGACCGUGGAUUCUGGAUAACGCGUCUCUGUUCGUUAUCGUUCUCUUGGCCGUCCACGUCUUGGCCUUGGUCUAUUGGAUAUAUAGAUUAGCUUCCCAGAAACAACCCCCGCGCAGGAAGAUUCAUUAGAACCAUCUCUUUCAUUCCCUGGAUCUCAACCCCUGCACUUUUUCGUCCAUGCUACAUCGAUGCAAAGAAUAUCUACAGGUCCAAGUCUUGACCCUGCACAGAGGAUUCCGUUCAAUCUCCAGAGCCCAAAAUCGCAUCUUUUUGACUGCUGGAUUUCGCGGGCUUACCGAUACCAUCUCAGAGUUCAAGGCCUUGUCAAAACCCGAUGCAUUCCAUUGGAAUGCAAUCAUCAAAGCCCAUGUCGAUGCAGGGCUUUUUGAUGCUGCUCUCUCCCUCUUCUCUGCUAUGCGAGAGGCGGGUGCUCGGCCCGAUCACUACACGUUUCCUCUUGUCAACCGUGCCAUCUCAUCCUGGACGGAGCACUUUAAACUCGGGGAAGCAAUCCACUGCCUUGGAAUUCAAACAGGUUUUGGCAGUGAUAUCUAUUUCUGCAAUACAAUGAUAGAAGUGUAUGCGAGGAGCGAUUUUAUCGGGUUAGCUCGCCGGCUGUUUGAUGAAAUGCUUGUUAGAGAUGUAGUUUCUUGGACCUCCAUGAUCUCAGGUUAUGUUGAGAUUGGAGACACUCAGGAACCACUUCGGCUAUUCCAUGAAAUGCAGAGGGAGGGUUUGGAGCCCAGUUCGGUGACGCUAGCAGUCAUACUACGAGCAUGUGGUGUUGUGGAAGAUGUGGUUGGAGGGAGUCAAUUGUUUAGCUUUGUAAUUAAGAAAGGGUUUGAAAGUCAUGAGUUGGUGCAGAAUUCACUCUUGAUGGUGUUCAGCAAAGCUGGUUGUUUCAAAGAGAUGAAGGAACUCUUUAGUAGGAUUCAGAUGAAGAGUGUUGUUUCAUGGAACAUUAUAAUGUCGGCGAAUUACUCGAUGGGUGAUGUUUCCCAAGUAGUUCAUUGUUAUGAAAAGAUGAAGACCGAGCUGAUUCCGAGCCAUGAGACACUUACUUUGGUUAUCUCAGCAUUUGCGAAGUGUGGGGACCUUCACCAAGGCCAGAAGGUACAUUGUUAUGCAGUGAAAUGUGGGCAGAUUGACGCGGUCUUGGAAGCUUCUCUUGUGGAUUUUUAUGCCAAAUGUGGAGAAUUGGCAUUGGCUAUCCAGCUGUUUGAAGAGAUUGAAGUGAAGACCAGCACUUCAUGGAGUGUCAUGAUGUGGGAUUUUAUCCAACAAGGCCAGUUCAGAGAUGCUAUUGAUCUGUUUCAGAGAAUGCAGAGUGCCGGUUUUGAGCCGAGUGCCGAUGUUAUACGGGGCCUGGUUCUCUCAUAUACCCAUUUAGGUGCUUUGAGAUUAGGUAAAGGAAUCCAUGGGUACUUGAUAAGGAACAAGUUGGGCAUGGACUCAGAUGACAAAAACUUGGAAACCUCCAUCCUUAACAUGUAUGUGAAGUGUGGAAGCAUCAUCCUAGCACAAAGGUGUUUCGAUCUUAUGGUUCUCAAGGAUACGGUAGCAUGGAGUUCAAUGAUUGAGGGAUAUGCAAUUCAUGGGCUUGGAUCGGAAGCUUUGAGAUCAUUCCACCAAAUGCAAGAGGAAGGAAUCACACCAAAUGGCGUUACGUUUCUGAGCUUGCUAUCUGCUUGCAGCCACUCGGGACUUGUGAGCGAAGGGCGCAAGGUGUUUGAUUGCAUGACUAGAAAUUAUGGGAUCAAGCCUGAUUUAAACCACUACACUUGCAUGGUGGAUUUGCUCGGCCGAUCAGAGAAGCUUCAUGAAGCUUUAGAGGUAAUUAACUCCAUGGAUGCCGAACCUGAUGGUCGAAUUUGGGGUGCUCUGCUUGCCUCCUGCAGGACAUAUUCAGAUGGUAGACUUGGCAACUACGCAGCCCAAAAAAUUUUUGAUUUAGAACCAGACAAUGUUGGUUAUCAUGUUGUCCUGAGCAACAUCCAUGCUAGCACUGGUAAAUGGGAUGUUACCGAGAAUAUUCGGAAGUUUAUGGGUGAAAAGGGUUUUAUAAGGAGACCAGGUUGGAGUUGCAUAGAAGACAAGGGUGGGCUUCAGAUGUUUGUUGCUGGGGACAGAUCGCACCCACAAGCAGCCGAGAUCUAUGAAGUCUUGGGAUGUCUGACUAGGCAUAUAGAAGAAAUACAUGCUUUCGAAACAUCUCGGAAUGAUUGAUCUUUCUUUCAUGACCUCGAUAGUUGGAUUGCACCUCACACAGCUCUCAAAGCACUCUGAACACUCUCAUGGCAGUCUCAUUCAUCCUCCUGCAUAGAUUUUGAAGCGGCCAUUGUGCGAUCCGAAUAUGGAUUUGUGCGAAGAAAGAUGAAUCCUUCUUUCGUGCAAAAGAUAGAACCCAUGUCCAUCUUGGGUUGAAAUGCCCGAACUUUUUUAAGACAGCCCAAAGGCUGCUGCUUGCUUCUCUUCCAGUUAACGGAGCACCGGAGCUGUAAUCAGGAGCAUAUUUAACCGUGUAUCAUCUCUUCUAAAUCACUCCACGUUCUGCAAAUCUUAUUCAGAUUCUGGGAGGCAGCUGUCCCCUGCCACAGAGUUAACAAUUUUUUGAUUUUUUUUGGAUAUACUUAUACUAGAUUUGCAUGAUUCAGGUA